AUGAAGCUCACCGCUAUCGCCUGGAUUGCUGCUAUCAUCAAUCAGCAGUCGGCUGUUGGGGCUGCCGUAUCCCUAGGCGCACAGCAAAAGCCACCAUAUUUCAUCCUGACUGGAGACUCAACUGUUGCCGUCAACGGUGGCUGGGGCGAUGGUUUCCUGUCCUUUCUGAAGGCUCCGGCAGAGGGCAUCAACCCAGCCAAGAGCGGCGCCACAACCGUCUCAUUCAGGCGGCAGGGCUUGUGGGACAAGGCUUUGCAGGCCGUGAGGGACAACGCUGCUAACGCGCAACCUAUUGUUACAAUGCAAUUCGGCCAUAACGAUCAGAAACCUGCCGCGAACAUCUCCACAGAGCAGUUUCGAAACAACCUUGAAGUCAUGAGCAGGGAAGCAAGGGAAGCCGGCGCAUUUCCCAUAAUCAUCACUUCCCUUACGCGACGUACGUUUGAGAAUGGACAGGUAGUGCAGAACCUGAAAGAACACUCAGAGCUCGCGAUUCAGGCCGCCAAGGCAGCAGGAGCAAUGGUUCUCGAUCUCAACAUGGCCAGCACGAACUAUGUUAACGCUAUUGGAGAGGCCAACGCGCAAUACUACAAUCUGGCCGAAGGUGAUAGGACUCAUCUGAAUCCGAAAGGGGAAGUUGUGUUCGGCCGCCUCGUGAUCGACCUUCUCCUGGAUCAACGGAAGGAUUUGGGCUGUUACUUCAGGCCAAACCCUGUCUUGAGUGAGAAGCUCAGGAAGGGCGAGUUUGCGACAGGAGACGAGUAA